AUGACGGCCACCCCGGGAUCCACCCAAGCGGCGGAUGCCUCCAUGCAGAUUCUGGGCCAGCUCCAGGAGAGCUUCGGCAGCGUGAUCGGAGCGGCGGGGAAGAGGGGCACGGAUGCGAAUCCAACAGGCACGCCCCAGGAUCGCAUUCCGAAAGUCGGCAGAGGCUCGAUUGCCCUGGGUGGACAGGGCAAGGGCUUUCAAGGCAAGGGCGGGCGUCGUCGACCAGGCAAGAACUCGAACGGGCGCCCGCAGAGCGACAGCGGCAACUCCAGCUUUCCCAGUGGUUCAACCGCGGACGGGGAGGAUGCCGAACUGCUCCACUUGGUAGCUCGGGCAAUUGUCCGUCACGAGGACACCUUGAAUGUCCUUCGCCGCUCCACAGGAUGGGUCUUCUGGAUCCGAUCCGGCGAUCACUCGAUUCUGCCCAUGCUGGCCGAUCUUGCGAGCAAAUGGCGCGAGGCAGCGGAGAAACAGGAGAUCCAGGCAGAUCACAUCAGCCUCAGGGUGACUCUUCUCUGGGGAAUCUUCACGAAUCUGAAGGAGAAGUUGUCCCACCUCACGCAGGAGCAGCUUGCCUACGCCAACCGCGCCUCGUGGAUCGACACGUCAAGCAACUGGAAUUUCCAAAGAUGGGACUCCCAGCAUCAGAUGCUCAUCGUGGACACCUCCCGCCCUCCCCUCAGCAUGGCCCAGAUCCUGGAGAGCCUCUCCACCCUCCUUCGAGUGAUCAACGGGGACACCCUCACGCGGUUUGCAGCCACGAAGGGCAUCAAUGCGGACACGCAGGGCACGGUUCUCUGGAGCUUGCCCGUCUGCAAGGCUCAGCGAUCUUCCAGACCAUAG